GGAAACGUCCGCUGUAGCACUUACACUGCGAACACCGAGUCACGCUCACACAAUGCGGGCCCACGGCCAGAGACCGCACUCAGUCGCGUCCCACGUCAACAGCGACCCGACUACGCGCUCUCAGAUGAUGCGGUAGUCCAAACUGUGGCACGGUUCAGGAUCGCGAGCUGCGGUCACACGUCAUAAAAGGGACGUUGGGCUGUGAAAGUCUUUGACUGGACUUCAGCACUGAGGAAUCUCCAGAAUCGACCAGACCGACUCCGUGAACCAGGCCACUCACCAUCUUACUCUGAAUUACUGCGCGCACACACACACACACACACCCCUCUGCUCAGUUCAAAUUCCUUAGCUGCAAGGCAGUGUGACCAGAAACUCAAUAGCUUAAGAGUGAGCGUGACAGACUGCUGUGUGUGUUUCUGGUAGCAGACUUCCCGAUGGCUGUCCGAUGCGUUCGGUGUGUGUGUGUGUGUGUUAUGGCACUGCUGGCGGUGAUUGGGGUGUGUGAGCCCCUGGCCUCGCCUGCCGUGGCGGCCUCCUCCUACGGCGAGCGCGGCUCGGACCUGGGCCUGCAGGUGUUUGGGCAGGUGGCCCAGGCCUCCCCCCAGGACAACGUCCUGCUCUCCCCCCACGGAGUGGCCUCCAUACUGGGCAUGCUCCUGCCCGGCGCCCACGGCAACACCCGCACCCAGCUCCUCAACGGCCUGCGCUACAAGAAGAACGGCCCUUAUAAGAUGCUGCGUAAGCUGCACAAGGCCCUUACGGGCCGACCCAAUGCUGAUGUGGUGGUCAUCGCCAACGGCCUCUUUCCCCAGAGUGGCUUCGACAUCAAACCCGACUUCCUGUCUGCAAACAGGGAGAACUUCCUGUCUGAGAGCCACGCCCUGGACUUCAGCCAACCCCAGCAGGCCGCAGCCACCAUCAACGACUGGGUCAGCAACCGCACCAGGGGCCACAUCCCCAGCCUGGUGAGUGAGGACAUGCUGGACCCCAGUAUGACGCGGCUGGUGGUGGUCAACUGCAUCUAUUUUAAGGGGCUGUGGAAGUCUCGCUUCCAGCCGCAGAACACCCGGCCCAGGCCCUUCACCAGGCCCGACGGAACCACCACCAAGGUGCCCAUGAUGUCUCAGCUGUCUGUCUUCAACAUCGGGCUGAUGGCUACGCCGGAGGGGCUGAAGUAUAAGGUGAUUGAGCUGCCGUACCACGGUGACAGUCUGAGCAUGCUCAUUGCGCUCCCAGCUGAAGAGGACACACCCCUGGCAGCCAUCUUGCCACAUAUCUCCACGGCAACUGUGCAGAGCUGGACCAAUCAGAUGGCCCAGAGGAAGAUCCGCCUCCUUCUGCCCAAGUUUACAGUUGAAGCAGAGGUGGAUUUGGAGGCUCCUCUCUCCGCUCUGGGCAUUUCAGAUCUCUUCAGCGAGGACAAGGCUGAUUUCCGCCACCUGAGUGAGGAACCUGUGUUUGUGUCCAAAGCUUUGCAGAAAGCCAAGAUUGAGAUUAACGAGGAUGGAACCAAAGCUGCCGCAGCAACUACUGCGAUCCUGUUGGCCCGGUCCUCCCCACCAUGGGUCAGUGUGGACAGACCAUUCCUGUUCUUCAUCCGCCACAACCCCACAGGAACUAUUCUCUUCACCGGCCAGAUCAACGAGCCUUGAGCCAGUGGCGGACCUUCGCGCGCAGGCACACACACACACACACACACACACACACACACAUACACACACACACACACACACACACAAUCCCAUUGGCAUGAGGAGUCCUUAUUUCACGGAGUCUGGAGUCUGGCAUAGACUCUGAUUUUGCUCUGACUUGUGCAUUUUACCCUGACAUGUGCAUUUGUGCUUCUUGACCUCUUCUGUCUGCUAAUAGCUAAAAUGUUCACACUCACUCACACAUACACAUACAGACACACACGCGCGCGCACACACACAUAAACACGCAGGUCAUAUUGCACAUUUAGCUUUUUAAAAAAUGUGCUGUUUCAUAGGACAUGCCCAUGGUUCAUCACAGUGCUUUUCCAUUUGUGCACACCUACCAUGUCUAAUGUAUUUUAAUAUAUAUCCCAUUAUCUAACACCCAACUCGAGGAGAGGGAUCUUUUGCUUGUGUAACUAACUGUAGUGUUCGUUUUAUUGUUUUUAAUACCUUAAGUUUUAUAUUCUGUCCUGUCUGUGUUUAUCUAUCAUUUUAUACACUUUGACGAAAAGGCCUUUAAUAUAACAUUGUUAGAUUUGCCUGACAUGUUCAAGAUGACUACACACUAGCCGGAUUGUACACAGUGUGUGAUAUUUAAUAAAGUAGGCUUUUUCAUUUUGGA